UUGGCAGUGGGACCCGCAAUGCCGCCAACCAGAGCAGCCACUGCCAUGGGAACCGUGGUCCUGGCCCUCGUCCUCCUGGGCACUGCAGCCGCCACGGCCGACAACUGUCCAGAAGUGAAGGUGCUGGGGCUGGAGGCCGACAAGCUCACCAUCCUCCGGGGCUGCCCAGGGCUGCCCGGGGCCACGGGGCCCAAGGGAGAGGCAGGCGCCGAGGGCAGGAAAGGACAAUCAGGCCCAUACGGAGUCCCUGGGAAUGCGGGACCCCCCGGGCCCAAAGGAGACCGAGGGGAGAAGGGCGCUCGUGGAGAGAAAGGUGAGGCCCUCCCGCCCUCCCCAGGGGUGGCUUCCCGGACCCUGAACACAAGGGGGUUCCCAGGGUGUGGAGCAGGGGCUGGGUGGAGAGCAGGCCCUUCCCUCUGCGGGAGGGUGUGGAGGGCGGGAUGGGGACCACACUCCUCCCAGAGCCUGUGCAGCCCAUCCCUCCCGUCCCAGCCUCAGACCCCAGAGCAGGGCCGGCCCUGUCCUCCCGGGCCUCUGCCUGGGGCUCCAGGAAGUUGGUCAACGAUUAAAACACAACGUCGUCCAGAGGCUGUGAUCCAGCGCAGGGUGGACGGCUCCGUGGACUUCUACCUGGACUGGGCCGCCUACAAGCGGGGCUUCGGCAGCCAGCUGGGCGAGUUCUGGCUGGGCAACGACCACAUCCACGCCCUGACCACCCAGGGCACCAAUGAGCUCCGUGUGGACCUGGUGGACUUCCAGGACACCCGCCACUUUGCCAAGUACCAGUCAUUCAGGGUGGGGAGGGAGGCCGAGAAGUACCAGCUGGUCCUGGGGGCCUUUGCCGGGGGCACCGCCGCCACGUCCUGGCAGCUCAGGGUCCCUGCUCCCGGGACUGAGGCCCUGCCCCCCGCAGGCACAUAUGAGCUCCGUGUGGACCUGGUGGACUUCCAGGGCACCCGUCAAUUUGCCAAGUACCAGUCGUUCAGGGUGGGGAGCGAGGCCGAGAAGUACAAGCUGGUCCUGGGCGCCUUUGCCGGGGGCACCGCCGGUGACUCCCUGACCUAUCACAACAACUCCCUGUUCUCCACCAAAGACCAGGACAAUGACGGGGCCUCCUCCAACUGUGCCGAGAUUUACCAGGGCGCCUGGUGGUACCGCAGCUGCCACAACUCCAACCUGAACGGGCGCUACCUCGGGGGCUCCCACCAGAGCCGAGGGAACGGCAUCAACUGGCAUUCGGGGAAGGGGAGCUACUACAGCUACAAGGUGGCCGAGAUGAAGGUGCGGCCCGUGUAGGGCGGUCGGCGGCCUGGAGCAUCUCUGAGCAGGUCCCGCGCCCCCAGCUUGGGCACAGGAGGCCUCCACGCAAAGGUGGAGCUAACCCCGGUCCAGCCCCUGGCCCAUCAGGGACCCUCAGCUUCGAGACCCCGACCUACUCCCGCCUUCCUCUCCCGCCCGCCAGGGUGAGGGUGACCCUGACCUUGUGCACCGCACGCCUCCUCAAUAAAGCUUCGCCUCGCUCCCCAGCACAC